UGAUGGAGAGUAAAUUUGCUAUUUCUGUGUAAGAUUGUGAGGCUAUGCUUCGGUCAGUGCACGUGGCGCAAUCUGGCUCGCUUAACUUCUAGUGACAUUUUGAAAUCAGAUUGUUGUUGUUGUUGAAUCGAAUGUAUUUCGGUUUUAACUCCUAUCAAGAUGAGGUUCCCUAAAGCAAUGUGAAAUGCACACGUUCCAUUUCCCCCGAUCUUAAAAUGGCGAAAGUUGAUCAAUGACAACAAUCGAUACGUUUGGACAUGUCCACAAGGAACUGAAAUAGAAACCAGGAAGAAACCUCCGUGAGAAAUUUGAUAAGCCUUUAAUCAACAUCCACAUUCGAAUGGCAUUCUCCGAGAGCGAUUCGCGAAGAUUCAACAUGGCCAAAGUUCGAGCGCUUGAAAGCCGAAUACGGAGCUUGGAACAAGAAGUGGCUCAUCUUCAGGAUCGGCUGAAUUCUGAAGAAGGCAAAGUGAUCUCAUUGAAGCGACGGUUCGAUUUUGUACUCAAAGAAACCCAAACCCGAGAACGGAAACAGGCCCAAACGCAAAUCCAGGCUCUGAGACAUAGAUUGGAAAUGAUCUCGUUCAAGGAAUUGCAACAAAGUCAGGAGCGAUGGCAUCGUCAGUUUCAAGCGGAUUUAUCCCGUCAAAGUCACAUUCACGAGGAAGAAAUGAGAAAAAUGAGAAGGAACUACGAGGAAAAGAUGAGCCAUUUGAAAUCUCAGUUGGAUUGGUCGAAACAAGCUAUUCUUCAGUCCCAAGAGGAGCACCAGUCCAAGUUCCUCGUAUUAGAGCAAGUAAGACAGUUUCAGGUGUGCCAAUGCCAACAACGUCCCUCUUCAUCCUCCAUUAUAUCCCGUCCUCGUCCAUGGGGCAAUUCAGGCCCGAUUUCCCGGUCGGCAGUGACCAUCAAUGAUGAUGAUGAUGAUGAUGAUCCGCUGAUUCAUUCGGACAGUUGUCGUUAUCUUCAGAGUUCAACUGGAGGUGUUGAGGUCCCAUCUCGCAAUUUUGUUGACCAAUGCUGUUGUUAUUGCUUCGAAGAUAACAACAGCAAUCAUCUCAAGGCCGUUUAUCCUCAGCCUUCAUUCGUUGUGAGUGCUCCCACCCAUCAACCCAAAUCGGAGCCCAACCUGGUUCGAGUUGGCCAAGAGCUGGGCCCACAACGACGAAAUCUGUCCCUGAAGUCCAUUCUCAGGCCGGAUCUCGACUCAGAUUCAAGUGACGAGGAGUAUUUCAGCAUGUAUUCCUCAUUGGAGUACACCCCGGUGCGUGACUUUAGUGGCAGUGGCGGUGGCGGAGUCGGAUCAUCAUCCUAUAUUCCAAGAAUACGAAGGCACUCUUCGGAGUGAUACCCUAGCCAUUAUGGUUGUUACAGUUUUCCUUGGAGCCGCAACUGAAAUGGUGGUGAAAGUUAAUCUCGACCAAUCGUAUUGCACAUGAAAAAUCUGAACUUGUCUCAUCAAUAAAGAAAUGCAUGACCAAU